AUGUCCGAUAGCUCUCGGUUGCCCACCCGAGGCAGUUCCUCCCCAGCUCCUCCCCCUCCUCCUCCACCUGCCCCCGUACAACAAAGCAAAUAUUCAAAUCGCGCGGCCAGUGCUUUAGCAAGAUUUGCCCAGCCCUUCUUUUCAGGGUCUCGACCUCCAAGUCCGCAGGCUUCAGGGGUUCGUGCAGACCUAUCUGCCGGUCCUUGUUCUAAUAGGCCCAAGUCCUUACCGGGAGCGUCCCAAACGGUCACUCAUAAGACCGGGAUUCCGAUUGCCGCUUUAGAUAUUUCUCCUCAACGGACACAUGCAGUAGUCGGGGGUAAAGAGAUCUUGAAGACCAUCCGUGUCUCACCCGACCAUUCUUCCGAAGAAUUCAACCUUCGCAAUGCUAUCAUCGGUUACUCCUCCACUCAGAAUGAUGGCAGUGGACUCUCCGCACGCUAUAAGGACCAGCUGACAGUGCGGGAUGUGAAAUGGUCACAUGGCAAUUAUGACACCAUUAUCGCCACUGCAGUGGCCAACGGCCGCAUUGUUCUCUAUGAUCUACAACGCACUGGCCUGGAAUACUGCCGGUUUCAGGGGCACAGCCGCCAAGUCCACAAAUUAGCUUUCAAUCCACAUCGGCCGGCAUGGCUUUUGUCUGGCAGUCAGGAUUCCUCUAUUCGAAUGUGGGACCUACGCAUGGCAUCCGCAGUCAAGCCAUGUUCGAGUAAGGAGUUGUAUAAUGGGAAUAGUGAUGCAGUUCGGGAUAUCAGGUGGUCUCCGAAUGAUGGGAUGGCAUUUGCAACCGCCACAGACAGUGGUGCAAUACAGUUGUGGGAUAACCGGAAAACUACCGCCCCCUUGCUAAGGAUCACCGCUCAUGACAAGCCAUGCUUCUCAGUAGAUUGGCAUCCUGAUGGCAAGCACAUCGUCAGUGGUGAAACCAACGUUCCAAUUCCGGACACCCCAGGCCGUUGGGAACGUACGAUGCGUCCGCCGUCCUGGAACAACGAAUAUGACACUUCCGGUGGUUGGCAGUCAAUUCAGUUAGUAACGUCCUAUGACAAAGAAGACCCACGGAUACAUCUCUGGGAUCUUCGGCGCCCUCAUAUACCAUUCCGAGAGUUUGAUCGGUACGAGUCUCAUGCUGCCGAUUUGCUCUGGCAUUCGAAAGAUCUGUUGUGGACUGCUGGUGAGGCCGGUGUUUUCACCCAAACGGAUAUCCGAUAUGCCCCUCAGGUGGUAAAUCAACGGCCAAUGUGCUCCUUGGCCUGGAGCCCGAGUGGUGAGGUGCUAGCUUUUGUCCAGAAACGGUCCAGUCAUAGUACUGUACGCCUCAGCACCACGGAGGUCGUGGGCCAUCCUGAGGAAGAGAGCAAUAGCGCAGAUGCAUUGAGUCAAAGCCCGGCAGACGACCUUCUUGACGAACCCUCAUUUAUCUCGGUUAGGCACCGACGUACUAAAUCAAGCAGUGGCCGGGCGUCUAAGUCGCUGGGCAGCACUCCUCCAAGUGCUCCCGAAUUCAAUCCCGUUCUGUCGCUGGAGAAGGUGCUAUCAAAGAUCAAGCCUUCCGGACAAUGCCAGCUAGGGGCAGUUGGAAGUAUACCUGGAGCUACAAUGGAUCAAGGAACCUUUCGAUACCUGGCACGCCAUUAUUCUCCUUUGCUUACAACCUCUAACAGCAUACACUCAGAUCUUCUACGAUCACUGCUAGAAUCAUUAAGCCAGAACGCAGACUGUGCAGAAGAUGCUUCAUUAGUUAAGCUAUCUCAAACAUGGCGUAUAGUAAAGUUCGCUGUCGUUCAAGAACUGCAACUUAGAGCGAAGGAGCAGCGGCAGGCUCCAGAAAAGAGCACCCGCGGCGUCAGAAAAAGAUUGUCCGCGGAAGGGCAGAAUUCUGAAAAGCCAAGAAUCUUGGAUGAUGGAAAAUCCGAAAAGGUGAAGAAUCGGUUGUUCAAGGGUGUUAUGGAGACGGAGGUGGCCAGGCAGCCUCUCGUUGAUGUAGAAAAUGCCUCGAACAUGACAACCCCGCUAGCGCAGCCUUUGCCUGACUGCACUAUUUUAUCGUCAGAUAGCUCUAACUCGCAUAUGGCAUCUUUAGAUGACCCUACGGAUAUCCAACCUCUUCCACCAUCGCUUCUGAGCCCAAAUCAAGGCACCAUGAACUCGAAUGAUUGGUCUUCGAUGUCCGAUGUGGAGCCACGUAUGCACCGCCAGUCGAAUGCAAGCGAAGAUACGCAUUUUCCAGGCGAAAGCCUCCCAUCUGACCCACUACCUGGGCUGGUGUCCCAAAGUCUUGAAGAUGACCAAAGAUCCGCUCCACGAGCAAUUACCGGAAGAGGCGACUGGCGCGCUCGGAGUCACACAGAGACUUCAGAAGUAGAUGAAUACGACCAAAAGAUGGAGGAUAAAAAAGCAGCCAUUCGUGAUUAUAAACAGUAUCCCAAAAAGAUUCUGUCGCUCGAAUCUCACGUUGAAUGUGUGAGGCCUCCGGGCUUCCGCCGCCGCGAGUCAUCAGAAAGUCUUCCAAUGUUCUCGGCAUCUACAGGUAGCUCACACCCUUCCAAAUCAAUAGGCACAUCAUUAUCGUCAGCGGCAAAACUGUAUGACGUUUCUGAAAGUGAGAAUGUCACGGAAGGCGCGGAAAGUGAUGCCCCUCGAAUACCAUAUUCCAGAACCAGAAGUGACUCAGUCAUUGGCCCUGUUACCGUUCAGAACGAAGAGCGUCAGGCUAGUGAACCUUUUGUUGAGGGUGUUUCAGAUUCUAAUGUUCAUCUCGAGCGACCCUCUAGCCCACUUCCCCUUGUGAAGGAAUCCAGUCCUCUAGAGACUCCAUACUUUGAGAAGAAUGGCUGUCCAAGUGUUGUCUACACUGCCGCAGCAGAUAAUUCUGCUUGCAGGGCUACACAUGUGAUCGAUGAUGAUCUCACAGGGCUCACUAUCCCCAUAAGCUCUGACGGAACGAUGGAUAAACCAUGGAGCGCUGAAAUUUUGCUCAAAGAAGCCAUUAGGCAUUAUCAUAGCAGUUCUUGUGUUGACGUUCAAUCUGCUGCUCAUCUUCUCCAGAAAUUGCGCACUCUUUUCCAAGGCUAUGAGGAUAUACUUCCUCGUGAGGAGUGUGAACUCAUCUUCAAAACCUACAACGAACACCUUAUACGUCAGUGCAUGUACAUUGAGGCGGCUGAGCUUCGACUUCUCUGCGUACCGGCGUACCCAGCAGUCUACGAGUAUGCUCAAGUAGAUACUACGAUGAACGUGUUUUGUUUCACGUGUAAACGUCCAUACGAGAACCCUUUGAAUGACAAUACGCGCUGUCAUCGCUGCAACACGCCCCAGGAGCCAUGUGCCAUUUGCAUGAGUGUUGACCCACCAGCCGAAUGGGUAGCAGAGCAAUCUGCACAGUCGAAUCUGGAAUUGGACUCCGAGACGACGUCGCAUUUUCUGUCGUCAUCUCGCUCCUCCAUCAAGACAGAGCCGAUCCCAACAUCUGAGCUACGACGCCUAGAUGAAACGUACGGGGAUUCAUACAAUCCUUCAGGACCUAAAGGAUCCGCACUUUGGACCUGGUGUCAAGGCUGUGGCCAUGGAGGACAUUUAGCUUGCAUUAGUAUGUGGUUGGACGACGCCUCUGUCAGUGAGGGUGGUUGCGCUACCCCUGGUUGCAUGCAUGACUGCGGCCCGGGACCCCGUCGUGAGCAUAACCGCACCAUUUUGCUCAAGGAAUCCAAAAGACGAGAUUCGGCUGGUAGAAAGGCUGGUGUAGGUUUUGUUAAACGUGACCCAUGGACCAGAGGGGAAAGCAAAGCUGUUGAAAAGGUUCGAGGUAUGCUAAGUAUCGGGACCUCCGGUGGCACAAGUGCUUCCACUACCAGCGCCGGGCCCAGCGUGUCCUCUAACUUGAUGUCGCCCAAAAAAGUACGACUUGUUACUCCUAGCGAGCAAGGGAAGCGAGGGGGAACCUCGUCUCGAAGCAGUCUUGGUGGUGGCAGUGGGCUAAGCACAUAA